UUAAACUAUUUAGUGAUCAGUAUUAAGUAUAAAAGACUUUAAGUUCACAUUUGCUCAGUAGUUUUGUUAAAAGAACGACAGAUACUGAAACAAAAUGUUGUUUCUCAUUUUGAUAUUCGGGCUGACGUACGCGUCAGCAAUGGAAAGUGUGAGUUUAAGAGAGUUUAAUUUAUUUGAUGAAAUAAAACCAAUGGAUUUGUCAAAGUGCAUCGGAAAAUGUUCAUGGCCUUCGAAACAUAUUUUUUCAAUAUUACCUCACGAGGAUUGCAACAAAUUUUGCAAAUGCUUUUUGGGGCAUCUGUUUGUAAAGAAAUGCCCGAGAAACAAACAUUGGUCAGUUGAGUUACGAAGAUGUGUGUUGCCUAAAUUCGCCAAGUGUGCGGAAAGAAGAAUGGGUUGCAUUGGAAAGUGUCCGGAUGAAAAUUGGCCACAAGCUGUCCACGUUUUGCCCAACGCUGAUUGCCGUAAAUUUUGUAUAUGUGAGAAAGGCACUGCGCUGGUUAAAGAUUGCCCGUAUGGCUUCAAAUACAGUAUUACCCAUGGGAUUUGUUAUCCGCCUAACGAAGCAGUCUGUAUUUCGGAUGCAACUACAACUACUUCUACUACUCCUUCAUUGAUACCAGAGAAUACUCAUUGCAUUGGCACGUGUUCACAAAAUCCUGAUGAUUUUGAGUAUCUAGCCCAUGGUGAUUGUACUAAAUACUGCAUUUGCGUCAAUGGUAACCCUGCGGAAAUGGAAUGCAAUUAUAAUUUACAUUUUUCAAUGGAUAUUCAUGAGUGUGUUAGUCCUGCUGAGGCUGAUUGUAAAAAUCGGCUUAUAUUUAGUUAUUAAUUUUUAAAAAUAUAUAUAUUAGAAGAGUAAAUUGACAUGGAAAUAAAUAUUUUUCAUUAUGAAAUGAAAACAAAAAUUUUUUUACGACUGGAAAAAAUUUCUCGCCCUAAAAGAUUUUUUCUUGUCAUUGUAUUUGAUGUCAAUUUUGAGUUUCAAUUUUUUGAUGUCAAUUCAGAAUGGAAAUUUUAUUUUUGGGCAAAUUAAAAUUUUUUUGAG